GUGACUCUGCUAAUCUAACCUGCAGAGCUUUCUUUGGGUACAGCGGAGAUGUCAGUCCUUUAAUUUACUGGAUGAAAGGAGAAAAGUUUAUUGAAGAUCUGGAUGAAAAUCGAGUUUGGGAAAGUGACAUUAGAAUUCUGAAGGAGCAUCUCGGGGAACAGGAAGUUUCCAUCUCAUUAAUUGUGGACUCUGUGGAAGAAGGUGACUUGGGAAAUUACUCCUGUUAUGUUGAAAAUGGAAAUGGACGUCGACAUGCCAGUGUUCUCCUUCAUAAACGAGAGCUAAUGUACACAGUGGAACUUGCUGGAGGGCUUGGUGCUAUUCUCUUGCUGCUUGUAUGUUUGGUGACCAUCUACAAGUGUUACAAGAUAGAAAUCAUGCUCUUCUACAGGAAUCAUUUUGGAGCUGAAGAGCUGGAUGGAGACAAUAAAGAUUAUGAUGCAUACUUAUCAUACACCAAAGUGGAUCCUGACCAGUGGAAUCAAGAGACUGGGGAAGAAGAACGUUUUGCCCUUGAAAUCCUACCUGAUAUGCUUGAAAAGCAUUAUGGAUACAAGUUGUUUAUACCAGAUAGAGAUUUAAUCCCAACUGGAACCUACAUUGAAGAUGUGGCAAGAUGUGUAGAUCAAAGCAAGCGGCUGAUUAUUGUCAUGACCCCAAAUUACGUAGUUAGAAGGGGCUGGAGCAUCUUUGAGCUGGAAACCAGACUUCGAAAUAUGCUUGUGACUGGAGAAAUUAAAGUGAUUCUAAUUGAAUGCAGUGAACUGAGAGGAAUUAUGAACUACCAGGAGGUGGAGGCCCUCAAGCACACCAUCAAGCUUCUGACGGUCAUUAAAUGGCAUGGACCAAAAUGCAACAAGUUGAACUCUAAGUUCUGGAAACGUUUACAGUACGAAAUGCCUUUUAAGAGGAUAGAACCCAUUACACAUGAGCAGGCUUUAGAUGUCAGUGAGCAAGGGCCUUUUGGGGAGCUGCAGACUGUCUCGGCCAUUUCCAUGGCCGCAGCCACCUCCACCGCUCUAGCCACUGCCCAUCCAGAUCUCCGUUCUACCUUUCACAACACGUACCAUUCACAAAUGCGUCAGAAACACUACUACCGAAGCUAUGAGUAUGACGUACCUCCUACCGGCACCCUGCCUCUUACCUCCAUAGGCAAUCAGCAUACCUACUGUAACAUCCCUAUGACACUCAUCAACGGGCAGCGGCCACAGACAAAAUCGAGCAGAGAGCAGAAUCCAGAUGAGGCCCACACAAACAGUGCCAUCCUGCCGCUGUUGCCAAGGGAGACCAGUAUAUCCAGUGUGAUUUGGUGACAGAAAAGCAAGGGGCAUCCCGUCCCUGGGAGCUUGAGUGGAAUCUGCAGUCCAGUGCCUGGAACUAAAUCCUCGACUGCUGCUGUUAAAAAAACAUGCAUUACAAUCUCUAGAACACGAGGAAAAACAGGGUCUUGUACAUAUGUUUUUUGGAAUUUCUUUGUAGCAUCAGUGUCCUCCUGUUUUACCAUGUCUUUUACCAUUACAUUUUUUGACUUUGUUUUAUAUGUCGUUGGAAUUUGUAAAUUUACAUUUUUUUUAAAGAAGAGACUGAUGUGUAGAUAGAAAACCCUUUUUUUGCUUCAUUAGUUUAGUUUUAGAAUGGGUUUUUAUUUUAUUUCCUUUUUUAAAGUUUUACUUUGCUUUUAACAUUUCCUUGGGGUGCUUGGACAAAUCUAUCCAAUGGGACAAGGAGCACCGGAUUCUUUCUCGGGUUCUGCCUAGGAUCAACUGGGCCACAUCGGCCUUCAGAGAACAAUGCAACAAAUGCCAGCAUUGCCAUUUGGGGGAAAAAAAAAAAAAAAAAAAAGAUGAGAAGAACACUUGUUCAUAAGAGGGCCCCACCAGUCAGAGCCCUGAAUCUCUUCCUUGUCCCACCUCAUUCCCCACCUCUACCUUUCUAACGGCAGCAUGAUGUGUAAACUCUGUGGAGGGGUGGGGGCGGGUCUAACUGUCUUAACAUUUAAGUCACUGCUCUUCAGAAUACACUCUAGACCCAAAGGUGUGCUGAUCACUUCACAGUGACCACUACAGAGUGCUAAGAAGAGAAGAUCAAGGGCAUGAAAUUGGGGAAGAGUGUUAUUUCCGUUUUUUAAAUGAGUUGAUGUACCCUUAUAUAUAUAUACAUAUAUAUAAAUAUAAAUAUAUAUAAAAACAACAAAACAAAACAAAAAAAGAAAA